AGACGGGGAGCUGUUGGAGAGGACCCAGAGGAGGGCCACAGUGAUGAUCAGAGGGCUGGAGCACCUCCCCUACGAAGACAGGCUGAGGGAGCUGGGCUUGUUCAGCCUGGAGAAGCGAAGGCUGAGAGGUGACGUCAUUGUAGCUAGCCUUCCAGUACCUGAAGGGAGCCUAUGAGCAGGAGGGAAGUCACCUCUUUGCACGGGUAGAUAAUGGCAGGACGAGGGGAAAUGGUUUUAAGUUGAGGGAGGGAAGAUUUAGGUUGGAUAUGUGGAGGAAGUUCUUUACAGAGAAAGUGGGGAGGCGCUGGCACAGGCUGCCCAGAGAUGUUGUGGAUGCCCCGUCCCUGGAGGUGUUCAAGGCCAGGUUGGAUGGGGCCCUGGGCAGUCCGGUCUAGUAUUAGAUAUGGAGGUCGGUAGCCCUGCAUGCGGCAAGGGGGCUGGAGCUUGAUGACCCUUGAGGUCUCUUCCAACCCAAGCUAUCCUAUGAUUCUGUGAUCCCCAUGCUCUUCCCCUGUGGGCUACUUGUAAAUUUGCAGUGGCGUGCCUUGUCAUCUUUUGAAAAGCAGCAACUUUUAUUCAUGUAUGCGCAUGGAAAUGGUCACGAGCAGGAAGAACUGCGUGCAGUUUUUUCCUGUUGGUGUUUUCUACAGGAACCGCCAUUUGCAGUCCCUCACGUCUGCUUGUGCCAUGGCUGUAAUGCAACGCUGUGUGACAUAAAGAGCAUCAAAAGUAGGGACUGAAAAAGGCGGCCUGUAGCUCCCAGCCUGUCCCCCUUCAGCGGGAUCCUACCAAGCAGGCUGCUUGGCAGGAGGUGCUGUGGUCUUGUAGGAUCUUUCCUCCUGCCGGCAGGAGGUGCAAAACCUGUUCCCUGUCAGGCUGGGCUGUUCCUCAAAACAUGGCGCUGCCUCCUCUGCGGUGACAUCACUGACCACUGUGAAGUCACAAUGGGCCCUCAGCCCAGAGGCAGCUUGUCCCCACGCCUCCGGCACUCUCGGUCCUGACAGCACAGCUGUUGGAGAGGGUUUGGCUCACUGCUUAGGGAGCUGCGUGUUUUGUUCCUUGUGCUGCAAGGAAAUGGAGCAACAAGGACACGGCGAGCGGGGGAACUGGCAAACUAAGGUUUGGAAGACAGUUGCCCUGGUGCUGGUCACAGUGGCUGUGGCGUCCUUCGGUGUUUAUUGCGUCGGAGGUCUUGUUGAAGGUAUAAAGACAACAGCGGGAGUGACUGCAAGGCUGGUGCGCCGUGAUGGGGAAAUUGUGAGCCUUGAUGAAGAGCUUGCUAAGGUCCAGCGGCAGCUUCAUGUCCUGCAGUGGAGAGCGAGGGACAUCACCGAGCGUGCUCUCCACGAAGCCCUGAGGAGAACUGAGCUCCCAGGCUUUACAGGCGAGGCUGUUCAAAAGAUCAUUCACCAAGUACUGGAGAAGCUGGAAGAAAGCCCAUUCCAGAUGACCAAUUAUGCCAGCAAAACUUCAGGCGCCGCUAUCGUUCGUUCCAAGACUUCUCCCUCCUGGAUUGGAAGUGGGCGAGUCUUUUGGCAGUCGCUGCCUCUGGUGGCUUAUAUGAGGCCUCCUGAGGUGAUUCUGGAGCCUGACAAUCAUCCAGGUAACUGCUGGCCCUUCCCAGGAAGUCAAGGGCACGUCUUCAUCAAGUUGCCUGUGGCCGUCUUCCCCACGGCAGUUACGAUAAACCACGGGGUUCCAGCAGCAGCAUACCAUGCAGACAGCAUCUCCAGUGCUCCAAAGGACUUUGCUGUCUAUGGCCUGCAGGAGGAAGAUGAUGAGACAGGAACGUUGCUGGGAGAGUUCAUCUUCAUGCCAGGCCAGGCUCCCGGUCAGACCUUCCAGCUGAAGAACGAGCACUCUGCGUUCAUCAAGUACGUAAGGCUGCAAGUGCUGAGCAACUGGGGCCACCCGGAGUACACCUGUGUGUAUCAAUUCAGGCUCCACGGCGAUCCAGCCCCUGAUGGUGACGCGAGGGGAAAGCUAUCUGCCUAGGGGAAUGCUGGCUGGCUUACUUCUCAAUAAAUUACUUUAAUAUUUCUCA